AUGAUGCGAAAUUUUAUACGAAGUUUACGUCCUCUUAUUAGUACUAGGACACAUGCUGUUGGUGGUGGCGGUGCUUUUGAACAAAAAUCUGUUACCAAGGAGCAACAGCUUACAGAAGUAUUGAAACGUUCACUACCUGGAAUCACUUACAUUAGUGUUCAAGAUAUUUCUGGUGGCUGUGGUGCAAUGUUUGAGAUUAGUAUCGAAGCCAAAGAAUUUGUUGGAUUACCAAGAGUAAAGCAGCAUCGUUUAGUAACGGAGUCAUUAAAAAGUGAGAUAGCAGAAAUGCAUGGAAUACGCAUUCAUACUACACCACCUCAGACUAAUAGUGAU